UAGAUCUUUGCCUCGUGAAUGGCUCACAUUGUCGAUUUACUUGACUGUAUUAUGUAAUAUUGGUUUGGUGUAGGUCAGUUCUACUUUGCACUCGCCGACAUCAAAUCACCAGAUACAGUGUGAAUGCUGGAUCGUUUUUCUAUAUUGUUCCGAUUUGCGUUUUUUCUUGCAGCAGAGCGUUCAAGUCUCUUGAUAAUUACAAGCGACAAACCUCUUGAAUACGAGCAUAACACAGUUGUUAGGAAAAGGAUCAAUUAUUCAUCCAGUUAUGCUAUUGAAGCUGCACAUAAAACAACCAAUCAGAUAACCCAUUUGAAUUGCAUACUUAUACGAGUACACAGUUUAAGUAGGCUUUAACUAAGUUUAAAAUAUAUUCUGUAAUUUGGACUAAACAUUCAAAUUUUUCUCACUACGCUAAAGUUUACCUGAAUCACGAAUAGCAGUUAAAAAUUAGCAACGCAACCAAUAAAAUGCAAGUUCUUGCAUUUUUGUACAAAUUGUUUGCAAACAAUAUUAUUUUCGAAUAUUUACUUCUUUAGUUUACUUAUGACCUUUCUUGUUGCCACAGACUCUGUGACAAUUCAAACUUUGUUUCGUAUAUUGUAUUAUCGCUAUUUCUUCCUGAUUUCAGUUCUAAAUUAAACUAUAAGGACAAUUAAUUUGGAUCUCAGAGUUACUGGUGCACCGGUCAACGCCAAAUUCCACAUGACAAAAUCGUCUACCCAAAACUUCAUAUAUAACACCCCCACACUGACCUUCAAUUUACUCAAGUCCGCCUUAGCAACUUGGAUUAAACCUUUUCGCUUCCAUUCCAGGGGAUGGUUAUGCAACGACUAGUAUGACACCGAUUCACAAGCAAGUGCUACACAUAUGUCCAAAAUUGAUAACCGAGUGUUUGACUUUUGCAAAAAGUACCAAGGUACUUUCAGGGUAGAUUACAAAUGAAAGGUUACAAAUGGAUUGGUGGUGUAUAUUAUGCUUGUGCCUCACGUACAAGCAUAUAAUGUUCAAUUUUUAUUCAACUGCAUUGAUUCAUCACCAACCGUGUAUGUACCGCUACUUUGGGACAUAUAUUUAAAUAUAAUUAAAUCAAUUUGUCACAGGGAGCGGGGUUGCAACCAUUUAGUACCUUUAUAAACAGGGAAAGUAAUUUCAGAGCUAUCAAACUAGUUUCAAACACAGAGGUGUAAAUUAGUAGUUUUAGCGUUUAGCUUCGAAUAUACGAAAAAAUAUGGCUACUGUAAAGUUUAUUCUUCUGAUUGCGUGUGUGAUUGGUGUUAGUAAAGCAGGAGUUAUUCUACCGGGAGCUCGCCUAGCUGGUGUUCCAGCCGUGCCGGUAGCGUCAGUUAUUAAUACUAACUACGAUCCGCUUCCACAGUAUACUUACGCCUAUAAUGUACAAGACGCUUUAACUGGUGACCAGAAGAGUCAACAAGAAACGAGAGACGGUGAUAUUGUGAAAGGCUCUUAUUCUCUUGUGGAACCCGACGGUACUGUACGCACAGUGAUCUACACUGCCGAUCCCGUCAAUGGCUUCAAUGCGAUUGUUCAACGUGGCCCACUGGUACACAAAGCACUGGUUCCGGUGGCGCCCGCACCCGCUGCCGUUGUUGCACCAGUUGCAAGAGUGUUUGGCUAAAAUCAUUUCACACUUGAUCUAUUGAUUGAGUUAUUCACUUUUAAGGAUAGACUGAUGUAGACCAUAUAUUCCUAGUGUUGCUAGACUUUGUAAUAUAGAAUUGAUAAUUGUUACACAUA